AUGCAAAAGAUGACUAACCCAGUUAUAAUUAUAAAUAAUCCAUGUCAAUUCGAUUACUCUCAAGCAAUUGAACACGUGAUCAAGGAGAGAGCAUUCGGAAUCAACCGAUUAGAUAUAUUCAUUGUUGAACCAAUUAAGGAUUCCAACCAUCUUAAUGAAAUCUUAUUCUAUUAUUACAAUGUUGCUAGAAAGGCUGCUUUAGACAAAGGAUAUGAUUAUAACUUUGAGGUCAAUAUCUUAUUCAAUAUAACAGAAACUGCCGAAAUUUUCAAGUUGAUUCAACACUGGAAUGUGGCUUUCAUUUUGCAACAAGAAGAAAGCGUGGCACUUCAUUUACAUCAAGUGUUAACUGAAGUGCUUUCAUUUGAAUUACCCAAAGUCGCCUAUCCUACUAGUGGGAAAGUAACUGGACAAUUUGAUACUACAGCAGUUGGUGGAACUUUUGAUCAUAUUCAUGAUGGCCAUAAGAUCCUUCUAUCUAUGAACGCAUUCUUAACUAAGAGGAAAUUAAUUGUGGGUAUAACAGGAGCAGAAAUGCUAAAGAAGAAGAAGUUUGCUGAAGUGCUACAAUCUUACGAAAGCCGUCAACAAUCUGUGCUUGACUUUUUUCGAUUAAUUGUUGGUCAAAGGGACAUUCAGUUUGAACUUUAUGAGAUUAAUGAUAUUUGUGGGCCAACGGGAUAUGUCAAAGAAAUAGACAGUUUAAUAAUCAGUGCUGAAUCAGUAUCCGGAGGUGAUUUUGUGAAUAAAUAUAGAUUAGAUCAUGGAUUCAAUGAAUUAGAUAUUACAGUUAUAAAUGUCAUAGGUAGUGAAGAAUCCACCUCGGAUAAUUCAUGGAAGGGAAAGCUUAGUUCUACGGAUAUUAGAGAACAACACGCCAAAAGACUACUUCAAUUCCAGAAAUGA